CACCAUUGCCGCCACCACCAAGGACAAUCAUGUUGCGAGCAGGGACGCGUGUCGUACCUUCGUUCACGCGACCUAGGCAGCAGCACCUAUGGAGGCCGAUGCAAUCAGUACUCCAUCAUAGUUUGUUUAGCACAUGGGACCACAAGCGCGAGAAGCCACCCCAGCCACCGAGAACGUCAUCGAUCUACCGCAAGGAUGCAGGCAACUCGAGCACCAUCACACCGCUCGUGCACCUUCCUCAUUCAAGCAGCACCUCCGUGCUCCACCACGACGCGUCAACUGCUAAUGAUGGCGAGUCCACAAAUGCCGUGCCGCUGCUAGAAGAGGCACUGCAUCCGUUCCACAGCGUCCACACGGACAUGAACUACGACGUCGAGAGCAAUGCGUUGCGCAUGGGGUUUCCCCACUACAAGAACGAGUAUGUCGAGGAGCCAGGCGACGAGAUCCGCGAGGAACUGCGCGAAGAAGCCACCCUCAUGGCGGAGCGCGUGCUGUGCCGCAUCCGGCGCACCAUGGGCGAGCGCGAGACCAACAAGGUGUUGCGCAAGUUGAGCUCGUACACGACCAACCCCCGCCCGACGCGGUACUCGGUGGCCAAGUUCUUUGGCAGUUUGGAGAUCAUGAUGCAAGCCGACCACGCCGACGAAUACACAUACCUGCGGGCGUUUCUGUGUGGGAAAGACUCUGAGAAAGCCGCGAUGGACACGGCGUCGCUCCUGCAUCCAGACCACCCCCUCUACCACGACCUGUGCGCCGUAAUCCUCGUGCAUUGCAAGCGCGCAUGCUCCACGACACUGGCCCGGGUCCCGAACUCGACGUUGCCGUUUGUAAAGCGCCAGAUGCUGCGGCUACUCCAGGCCAAAGGCUGGGACGCCAUGGUGUCGUACGCAGGCUUGCUGCAUGUCCCCAGAGACCGCAAUGACAGCUGCUUAAAGCCGGACGACAAUGAAUGGAUCGCGCUCACGUUGGAGGACGACCUCGCCGAGUUUGACCGCGAUCUGGACGAUGCCAAGGCGUUGCUGGCAAACGUACGCCGCCACGGCGACCUAAGCCAUCACGACGUGGAAAAGUUGCUUAGCGUUAUGGUCGCGUACGUGAAAAUGGCCAAAGCCCAUCGAGACAUAUUGCACCUCCUCGUAUGUGAGUUUCAAAACACGUGCCACGUCGUCGUUGCGCCGACGACGACUACUAGUAAUACUAGUAGUACGAACCACCGCCGACACACAAACAACCACGAAACCCACGACACGUGGGUGGCGUCGGUGGUCGAGUACUUGUCGUCUGGCCGCGUCCAUCUACCCAACAUCCAAGCCGCCGAAGGCUUUGCCGCAGACCUUGUCCACCAUCGGCACCGCAGCGACGCCGCCAUCCGCCUCCUCCUAGAUGCGCGCAUGCGCACGAGCCACAUUUACAUCCGCGGCCUCGACGAAGAAGUGCUCGAUCGCACGAUGGCCAACAAGUCGGACGCGAUGCGCCGAGCGCUGCUCACGACGGCGCUCAACUUGGCCACGGUGCUGGACGACCGGGAGUUUCAUGCAUUCUAUGGCCGGUAUGUGCGACACAAACUCACGUGGAGGUCCAACUUUGAUUCGUCGGUGGAGAUAUUCCUCGGGGACGUUGCCGACGGCCUCCCCAAGCAGAUCCCCGAAGCCGCGCGGCGCCUCCUCGUCGACAGCCUCGGCCGCGUCCACAACGACCUGACGCUGGAGGCGCUCAACGUGUGUCGGUUGCGGGUCCUGAAUCGCGGCCGGCUCAUCCGCACCACGGCCACGCUGACCCGAACGUCCGUCAAACCAGACGACAAUGAGAGCGUGGACGCCCCCCUACGCGACUUGCCCAGCUCGUGGGACCGGCGCCGCACUGUGUUUUACCACAACUUGCCACCGAAAAUCACCGUCGAUACGGUGCGCCAUACGUUUCAAAACAUAGGACCGAUCGCGCGGCUGUGGAUGUUUGACGAACCGCGCGCCGAGUUGGCACCGGUGGAACCGCCACCCGCCACCGACGCGACCACCGAUGCAGCCGCCGCCGACGACGACACGCCAACCGACAAGAAACCCAAGAAGAAGCGCGUGUCCAGGAAAGCCAACAAGGAGCCUGAUCAACCGACCCGCGAUGUUGAUGCGGGGAAGGAAGCGGAAAAGACAGCGGCCAAGAUGCAGCAUGUGGUCGCAAGCGAACGGCACUCGACGUCGCAGUGCGUGGUCGAGUUUGAAUCGGAAUCGGCGCAACAGCGAGCGCUGCAUCCGGCGCUCAAGAUCUUUGGGGUCAUGGUCAACGGCGCCGAGGAAGUGCGCGCGACCUUCUCGACGGCGCCGGACGUGCGCAACGUCGUGACCAUCCAUUCGAUUCCGUUUUGUACGCAAAUCCACGACGUACACCGUCACAUCCAGGCAGCUCUCGGCGACGACCUGAUCAUUACGUUGGGCGGCAGUGCCCUCCCCGACCUGUUUGUGACCAAGGGAACGCUUGAGCUCGCGUUCAACUCGUUCGAAGAGGCGGCGGUGGUCGUCGAUAGGCUCACAACGUACUUGGACAGCCGCCCCGACCCCAAACACGAGCUGCCGUUCGUGGGCAAAGCCAAGCAAAAGUACCAGCCCACCACGACCAAGGUAUUUGUGACCAACCCCCUCACCAAGACCCUUCGAGCCAAUCGAGAAAAGGAAAAAGCCGACGACCUCCAGCGAAACACGACCCCCACCGUGUACCUCAAGUACGACGAAGGGGUCGACCCGGACGCGCACCGACCGUUUGAAGUCGCGUGGACGCCCGUGCCCCGACGUCGAUCAAGACACAUCUCGUAAACACGGAAUACUAGAGCAGGAUACAUAGAUAGAAUUGGUGGACUAAUACUGCUAGUAGUAAGUACUACAGUCCUGUACAUUGCA